CCAUACUCCACAGUCAGAGACUCACUUUUUGUAACAGUUCCCAGCACCCAAAUCGAGGUUGGAAAAACCCUAAAAUAUGCGGGUCCCAGUUCCCUGUCUGUGGCGUGAAUCUAGGUCGAAGAAAGAAAAGAUAGAGCAAUAAAGGAUUUAGAGGUCAAAGAGGUUUCUCUACUAUGCUGUAAUCUGUAAAAGCUGGGAACAAAAAAGAAAGAAAGAAAGAAGAGAAACUAGCAAGUGGCAACACAAAACGAGUACAAGACCAGCAAAAGCCAAACCCCUUUCCUUUCUGUUCUAGUACUGCGUGCUAUAAAGAUAUGAAAUGUAUCUUUCUUUGCCGAUUCUGAGAUAGAAUCUAUAACUUUCAUGUCUUUGGGGUGUUUUCUGGAGAGAGGAUUAUCCCCAAACUCCCUUGUUUUUAACCCGUUUGUUCUCCCUUUUCAAGCUCUUAUCUUUUUCUCUACCCUUUAUAGACCUUUUGUUUCGCUCUUUUUCUUUGGCUUCUUGCGUUAUACUGCCAAAAUCAACCAGAAUGGAUGAGUGGAGGAGAAGUGGACAGAUACCAGCAUUUGGAGACUGGGACCAAGCAAAUGAGCUGCCAAUCACACAGUAUUUUGAAUCUGCAAGACAGGCAGGAUUGAUCCGAUUCAGUACCACUCAUAAUUCCUCUGGAGAAUGUGGUCAUCAGGACAUGCGCGGUGAUCUAUAUGCUUCUGAUAUCAACAAACCUUCUUGUAAUCCUCCUCCCCCUGUAAAGACAAGAAUGAGGGAAAAGCGAGGCACGCAUGUUAAGGAGCAGAGAAAGCAGGGAAAAGUCUGUGACGUGACUGAACCGGCAAGGAAACAGCCGCAGCAAACUCAACCCACAGUGUACCAUACGAAUAAGAUAUCACAACAUUCUCAUAAAAUGGACACUGUAAUUGUUGCCAAUGCUCCUGUUAAACCUCCUAAGGCCGUCGAUGAAGAUCUCUACAAAAUCUCACCUGAGCUCCUCCGCUCUUCCAAGCUGAAGAAAAGACCAGGCUUGUUUUCAUGCCUUGUACCCGCUUGUGUUUCAUAGAUUUGGACCACAAGGAGUUCCUGUCACGAGAGGGCUUAUAUAUAUAUAUAUAUGGAGGUGAAGAACAAGACUCCAUGGGCUUUUUGUUCCAAUUGGAAUGCCUAACUUGUAGUAGUUGUAGUUAUAAAAAUGUAACCUAUGCUAUGCUAUGCUAUGAACGAUUUCGAAUUUAUGAUGAUGUAUUUGCUACAGUGUAUGUUACAAAUUAUCUUAAUUUUUUGUUCUGAUUUAAAUUAAUUUAACCAAAUAUGGCUUCUCA